AUGAAAGAGUUUAUGUCAAGAAAGAAGAAAGCAGAUAUAAGUGAAAUUGUUGCUUUGACAGAGGAGUGUAGUGCUUUAUUCCAAAGAAAACUUCAACCAAAGUUGAAGGAUCCAAGAAGGUUUACCAUUCCUAGUACCAUAGGUGAAGAAGUAAUUUUGCAUGCACUUUAUGAUUUGGGUGCUAACAUUAACUUAAUGCCUCUGAAACUAGUGAAGAAAUUGAAUUUGGGAGAUCUGAAACCCAAAAAUAUGACGCUUACAUUAGUCGGUCUCUCUAUCACUCAUCUAUAUGGGGUCAUAAAAGACGUGUCGAUUAAUGUGGAAAGAUUGGUAUUUCCGGCAGAUUUUAUGAUAGUGGAUAUUAAUGAAGAUGCUGAUGCUUCGUUAAUUUAA